AGUACCGUUCCUCGGACGGGGGAAAUAUAACUCUAGUUAUAUUUCUGGCAUUUCUGCAUUUAAGGAAUGCCGGUGGAAGAGUCCCAAUCACGUGUCGCCUUUUUGCAACAUAUGCACAUAAAAUGUCAAACUUGCUCUACAAGAUAAUCUUGGAUUAGACUUAAGUCCUUAUAAUAUUGUUCAAGGCAAAUCAUUUACACGAUCUGUUUCAAUCAGUGAGCCUACCUCUUCCGGCAUAUCUUCAACUUCACUUGGUUGUAAUACAAUCUCAUAUAGUGCUAUAACUGGCUGCUGUCUACCAUCUAUACGAUCGGCUAGCAGCGGUGAAGGCGGCAGUACAACAUCAGUAGUCUCUUAUUCACCAUAUUCAUCAGCUGCUACAGCUAUUUCACCUGAAAGUCCACUACCUGAUCCAAACUAUUUCACUGCAAACCCAUUAACCACCUCUUUAUUCAUCAAUCCUGUAGAAACACCUACAUCUAUUCAAUAUUCUCCGAGUAUGUCCUCUACAGAUAAUGAACAAUUAUCUCAAUCAACAAAUCAGCUUAAUGAUGGUAAUAGUGGGGAUUGUCAAAGUCUACAUAAUAUUGAUUUUGUUACAGAACACUAUGCACCACUUCUACAAAAUCCAAAUAUUCUCAGAACAAUUAAUUUUCUUUCACACUUACUUGAUUCCCGUUUAACAACUGAUUGGCGUCUACCUCUUGAAUAUUGGCAGAGAAAUUGUGCAAAAUUAAACUAUUCUAAUGUCUGUCAACCGCCUCUUCCCUCGCCUCAUGAGCAUACUACUACUACUGCUACAAACACUAGUAAUACUGCUACUGCUUUGAUCAGUGGUAGUCAGUUAGAUGUUACAGAUUCUACGCCAGUACACAGUUACACAACAAAGACGACAUCAGCUACACAGAAUUCAUUACAAUCACCUGAACAAGAAGUGUGCGCAGUGAAACGUUGUAAGCUGAGUAGUAGUAGUAAUAAUAAUAAUAACAGUAUUAAUCCACAACUCCCAACUGAAGUUGGAUCAAAAGCCAAUAAACCGUUUAGUGUUGGAACAUCUACUACUUCUACUACUGAUACAAUUACGAAAAUACCGUCUCCUUCCUGCUCCUCCUCCUCACCCUCACCCUCCUCUUCGUCAUUAUCUGUAAAUUAUCAAUCACAACCGGUAGGAUCAAUAAAAACGCCCACAACAUUCAUUACAGCUCGAUUAAUUUUAUCCGCCCGGAAUUUAGCUGAUCAUUUUGAGUCAAGAUAUCGUGAUAAAUUGGGUAGCCUGUUAGAAGAUGUAGCACGUUUAAAUAACAAAAGUGGCAAUAUUAACGAAACAGAAAGUGUCAGUAAUCGUGAACAUGAAGGUACUGCUGAGUUAAUGAAUGAAGACACUGUGAAUAGAAAUUACAAUAUUACUACUACUACCAAUAGUAAUAAUAAUAACAAUAAGCUACCCGAAGAUAGUAGUAAUAGUAAUAUGAGAAGUAGUCAUGAUGUCGCUGGAGCUGGAGCUGAUGGUGGUGGUAAUAGCAACCGAAUAACAGAUACUGAUUCAUUAAAUAAUUGUUUAGAAAUGUCAAGAUGUCAAUUUCAUAGUGUUCUUGAAGAAUUAUUCAAUGAACGUAUCAAUUGGGGUCGUAUUAUUGCAAUGUUAGCAUUUCUACGUGCAUUAUGUGAAGUUGUUGAAGCGAAUCAACGGAUUACACAAUCAUCAUUAUCAUCUUCAUCGCAAGAGAAGUCAAAUGAGCGAGUUUCUAAUAUCAUUGACACAUCAAGUUAUGAUACACAGGUACUGCCUUCAGACUCAUCAUUUCCUUCAUGUAGUUACAAAACACCCAGUACUGGUGGUGGUGAUGAUGGCAAUGAAUCCCCAAAUAAAAAAAUAAAAAUUUCUUCAAUUGAAGAGCAGUAUCAAUCGUCUAUUAAAGAAUUUCUUUUAUCACCGUCUAUGCGACCGUGUGUAGCUGAUUAUGUUCUAUGGACAGCUGAAUUUAUCCAUGGUCCUCGAGAACUUUGGAGUUGGAUAUCAUCUCAUGGGAAUUGGGAAGGCUUAAUCGAUUUUGAAUCACAACGUCAUGAAGCUAAUCAAUUACCUCCGACAAGUGAUGCAAGCAGUUUAAUCGGUUUAGUGACUGGUUUCACAGAUGAUGAAACUCUACGUUCAUUGCGUACAGCUUUGACAAGUGUAGCUACAAUAGCUGUCGGUGCAGUUGGUCUAGUCGCUGCUUAUCACUUUUUAAGUAAACGUUUAUAAAAAUGAUGAAUUAGUAGCAUAGAAAAUAACUAGACAGGGUGGUGAAAAGAUGCAUAAAAAGAAUAAAUAAACAACACCACCGCCAACACCAUGUGCUAAUUAAAGGUGGAAAUAAUACUACUCACAGCAUGCAUAUAUAUUUAUGUAUAUAUUAUCAUUACUAUUAUUAUUAUUGUUACUAUUAUUCGGGAUUUUAUCCGCCUUCUUCUGCUUCUGAUGCAUCAGUCAUUCUUUCGGCCAACCAACCAACGAAUCAGUCAGUCAGUCACUUACUCACUCACUCACUCAUGAAUGAAUUCAUCAAGCUGAUGCUUUACUGUCGUCGUUCUGUGACACACAGACACAAAUCCCUUUCUCUCUCUCCCUUCCUUUCGCUCUUUGGAGUUACACACUUUCAUGUGACCAUGUUGAUUAUAUAAUUAAUCUUUUUGAAAGCAGACAAACGGACAUUUGUCCGUUCAUUCGUAUUUUUAAUCAUAUAAAUACGCUAACAUGAUUUUUCUGUCGUCUUCAUUGUUAAUUUUUAAGUAUUUAUUGUGUUUGUUUUUCUUUUUCUACUGUGUAUUCUCCUUCUUUCUCUUGCUGCUUUUUUGUUACUCUUAGUCGUUUUCUCCAUUCUACCACCGUGUCUCUCCCCUUUUGUCACACUUACUCCUCUCUCUCUCUCCCGCUCUCUUUCCCUUUCUCAUAUCUGCUGCAGUUUUGUGAAUGAAUGAAUAAAUAGUAAAGAAAAUAUCCUAUGCACUAUAUAAUACAUAUCUAUGUGUAUGUAUUUCUGUUCACUGUUCUUGAGAGAUACCUUUGGCACAAUGGCGUACUUGUAAUUAUUUAUAGCCAGCUGUGUGUUAACCUGCCCCCCGCCCCCCCCCACGCACUCACAA